UAACAACAGAGAGGGAGAGCGACUUCAUUCUGUAGCCAAGCAGCCAUUACUCCACUAGAUCUUUAAAGUUGUUUGCUGCUAUGAUAAUGUUCAGAAUAUUAAGUACAGCUCAUUUAACAUAAAAAAACACUGUAUGUUAACUUUUUUAAGUUUAUAUGACAUAAACUUGACAAAGUAAUCAGAUAUAAAGUAUAUCUGAUAUAGUAGGUUUAACGAUAUGGAUACAAUACCAUAAAGUAUGGUUACUUUCUAUUAUAUGCCUACUUAAAAUAAUGUAAAAAAAAAAAAUCUAAAAUGAAUUUGGAAACAUUGGUUACAUAAAAAUAAUUGGUUUCAAUGUGUAAAUGUGAUAUUUAAUUGCCUGUAUGUGGCUGACAUUCAGGCUAAUUAAUCACAUGGUACGUUUAACACUAUCCCCACAAAAAAUGUUUAAAAUGAUUUUGCAAUGCUUUGCUGCUUUCCACAUAUAGUUUCAGCAAAAAGUGCCAAACACACUCACGACAAACAAAGUUAGUGACUAUGCUAAGUGGUUAACAUAGUGGAGCAAUUAAGCUAGCAGCUAAAAAGCUGUAUUAUUUAGGAGUUGAUAAAGACCAAACCAAAGCUAAGAACAGAGUGAACACUGAAAGUCUUAAUGUUGCUCAGUGUCUCCUAGAUGUGCAGGCAACUCUUUGCUAACACCAGCGUUAGCCAUAUCAACUUGACAAAUGUAGUGUUUACAGUUUGUUGCUACACCCCCAAGUGGCAAAAAAAAAAUACUCUAAUGCAGAUUUAAGGCCCCAUAAUUCAUAGCGUCACCCCUGUAAAAACAUCCUGACGUUAAAUCAUCGAGUGUCCCGUGACCGUCACCGGUGUGUAUUUAGCAGCUCUCACAUACUACAUCCAAGCUCCGAGCUGCGAGUCGUGAUGUCCCCUGCGUGAGCUGCCUGUGUGUGUCAUCUCUGACGUUACCGACCCGCCCACAUCGCGCUCCGUCUCCGCCGAUGACACACACACACACACACACGCGCGCGGACUCUCUCCGGCAGUGAGGAGCCGGUGUGCGAGCGUCACGGAGGGGGCACCGCGUCCGCAGCUCUUUUAAACGCGAGUCCUCACUGGCAUGGACACCGGAGGAGAGCGCUGAACAUCCAGGAACCAUGCCUACUGUCCUCGCUGAAAAAGGGAAACUUUCCGAUGUCUGUUUUCUACUCAGAUGCGCGUAUUCUCAGGUAACAAGAAGCCAACACAACAGCUGUGCCAAAGAUAUUCUGGAGGACAUGACCCAGCAAGCCUUAGGGGGUGACCAGGCCCAACGAAUCCUCUACAACUCUAAAGAAGCAAAACUACCGACUGCACAACAAAGGCAAAGUCGAGGGGAUGUUCAGCUGCGACUGACCCGUCACCCUCGCGUGGCACCUCACAAAUCCAUGCUUGCUGAUGACCUGAAGCUGAGCAGUGACGAUGAAGACACUCAAAGGGCAACUCAUGAGUCAGCUUCCUGGGAUGGGCACAGCCUGUCAGCACAGCGAGCGCACACACAUGGCAGGCGAGUGAGACAUUCCAGCUCUGACUCUUCGGGCUCAAACUCCGCCGUCGGGUCGUGCAGCAGCAGUCUGUACUCCCGGAGCCCCAGCCAGAGCCCAGACGUUCACCCUGAUCCCGCGUCGCCACGGUGCAACAGCAAGGAGACUGAUCACCCCUCUGCGGCCCAGUGGCAGUUGGAUAAAUGGCUGAAGAAGUCCCAGAGAAAAUCUUCCAGCAGUGACCAAGUGCCCUCCGAGAGCAUUCCAGGACGUCCUCCCUCUCCCCAUACCCAAAGAGCCCCAUCUCCAGCCAGGUCCUGGGACAGCAAUCAGGAAUACAGCCCGAGCCAAAGCCCUAUUCCCAGCCCACAGUUCAACUUCAGCCACAACACCAGCCACCUACCUAGCCCUGGUUACAGCUACUGCCCAAGCCCCAGCCCAUUCCCCAGCACAUGCCCAAGUCCCAGCCCAAGCCCGGGGCAAAGCCUGAUCUCCAGUCCGGUUCCAAGUGUUUGCCCCAGUCCGUGUGGGAGCCCGAGAGCCAGCCGUAGCCCUAGCCCGAGAGACCCUCCAAGAAGCCCAAGUCCAGGCCUACCUACUCCUUCCAGGGUUCGGCACUGCCCUGAGGUUCAGAGAACACAACCUAGCCUAGCGACCAAUCCCCACAGGACAAAAAAUAGGUCAUGGAUUACCCCAUUGCCUAACACCGACACCAAGAGCAGGCCUACAAACAGCACUCAUCUUCAGCCAACUCACCAGCACAGGCCCAAGACUCGACCCACACAGGACCAAGACCAAAGCAAAACUAAGACUUCUGCUGUUUUAAACUCUAAACAGCGUCAGGGACAUAAAUCUAGACCCAAGUCUAACUUUCAUCCUAGUUCUAAACAGCUCUCUGAGGCUCCCAAACACACGUCACAUUUUGAGCAAAUCCAGAGUAGUAGAUCCAACCACAACUUCAACCACAAACCCAGGCCUUUGUUUCAAUCUAGCUCACAACAUAGCCCCAAAACAUCAAAGCACUUAGUUCCCACUAGUCGUGAAACCAACUCUGGUCAUAGUUCUCAAUCCCAAUCUACCCCUAAAGCUGCAACUAAUCAUAAUACUGGGUUGAGCUCCAGAUCAAACCCCAGCCUUAAACCUAGGGCCAAGUCUUCGGAGGCUGCAGCCCCAACCCCUGUGCAUGUUAAUCAUACUAUAACACGGAAGAAACCCCAGUCCAAGGAACAGGAGGUAGACCUCAGAGGAGUUCAUCUGAGCCAAGCUGAGGGGACAGAACACGAGAGAAAAGAGGACAGACAUCGGAAAAAACAACAAGGGAAACAGGAGAGAAAGGAAGACAGAAGGCUGGCGGAGGAGCAGCUACUGAGACGUCCCUGGAUUGAUAGCUCGGCGGAAGAAGACGAGGAGGAGGAGGAGGGAGUGGUAGAGAGGCAGAGGAGGAGAGACGAGACAGUAAGAGGGGAAAACAGAAGAGGAAAGGACCAGCAACUUAGACGUGAAUGGCAAACAGUCCAGGUCAAACAGAGACCGCUUGGCAACACUGAGCGACACCGCCUUGAAGACGACUCCCACCAUCAGGGGAGGACAAAAAAGGGAGGGAGAAGUGAGGAGGAGAGAGAGUUGCAGCAAGACCCAUCACCUCCUCCGUCACGUUCCCCAACUCCUCACAGACCAUCCUCCUCACCCUCCAUCUCCUCCUCUCCAAAUUCAGAUUCCGAAUCUGAAUAUCAGGCUCCGGUCACCAAAGUUCCAGCAGACUCCACCUCUUACAAGAGACUCCCCAAGAGAGGGCAGCAAAGUCUGGGCAGGCCCGACGCCAACAGGCCGAAGGUUGUGCACCCCGGAGGACCCACCUCGAGUCACCCAAGUGAGGGGAAGCAAAAACUCUACACCCUGGUCCCAUUUGGGCGAGGUGAACAAACUACAGCGCCUUCACAGCGAGGGCUUAGAAAUCUGGUGGUGCAGAUAGACCUCUGCCUUCUCAAAAGGGUCCCGGACAGCACUACUAGUUCUGCUGUUAAAAAACCCUCCUCCUCUUCCUCCCCUUCAUCUACCAAGGACAAGCAAAGAGAGGCUAUGAAACACCUGUAUGUCCCCGAGACCGCGACGAAAGACGGCAAAAGGAAACGCAAGUUGGAGAAUGGUGUGUCACACAAAGAAAGCAAGAGGAGCAUCCCUCAUGCAAAGGAGUCUUUAUCUCAGACGGCUGAGCGCAACUUUGUCACGGAGACCGUGCACAACGGGUACUUGGAGGAGUACUUGGACAGCAAGAGGCCGUUGUCUCCCCUGUCUCCGCUGUCCGACAGCCCUCAGUCCACCAAGCCUCCCCCCAAAGCAAAGACUUCAGAGCAGCAUCAUGCCCAUGCCCACAAGAACAGGGACAAGAAUAGAGAUUCUGCUCUGAAGCCCAAAACGGAGGUGGAAUGUGUGAAAGUGUCAAGACAGCCUCAACCACCAUCCGAGUCCUGGGGCCCUGCAGGACACAGGGGGGCCGUGCCAAACAAUGACACUCCGCACCACGCUGAGUACUACUUACAUGAAGCUAAAAGGAUGAAGCACCGUGCAGACGCAAUGGUGGAUAAGCUGGGGAAGGCUGUGAAUUACGUCGACGCCGCCCUCUCCUUUAUGGAAUGUGGGAAAGCAAUGGAGGAAGGGCCACUAGAGGCAAAGUCUCCUUAUACCAUGUACUCAGAGACAGUGGAGCUAAUUAGGUACGCAAUGAGGCUGAAGAGCCACUCUGGCCCUGGGGCGAGACAGGAAGACAAACAGUUGGCGGUUCUGUGUUUCCGAUGCCUUGCCCUCCUUUACUGGCAAAUGUUUCGUUUAAAGAAGGACCACGCGUUUAAGUAUUCCAAAGUUCUGCUGGACUACUUUAAGAGUUCUCCCAAAGUGCCUUCUACGCCACCCGAUUGGAGUGACUCUGGGAAGAGCACAGGAGGACCUCCUUCUUCACUCUCGCCCGAUGCCAAACAUCUGGGACGGGGUUCACACGGGGGCACCGCCUUCCCCUCGCUCAUAAGCAUUCCCCAACGAAUCCACCAGAUGGCAGCAAAUCACCUGAACAUUACCAACAGUGUCCUGUACAGCUACGAGUACUGGGAGGUGGCAGACAACCUCGCAAAGGAGAAUAAAGAGUUCUUCAACUACUUGAAUACUUUGUCUGGGCCAUUGACUCUUCACAGUAGCAUCGCUCAUGCGGUCCAGUACACCCGACAGGCUCUUCAGUGGAUACGCAUUAGUGCCAAACUUAACUAACAAGGAGAGGAUUUACUAUAACCGCUCUCACUUUCAAGAGACAGAACUCUGGAUCUCUAAGCAGCUGACAGGACGGCACCGAUACCCUCUGAGCUGGUUGGAGUUGGUUGAAAUCCCAUGGAGCCCGACGAUCCUCAUAGGAUGUCGGGGUGCUUACUGUGUGCGAAGCCUUCUGAAGGAGCAGCCUUUUAACUUGUCACCGGUGAACUACUGGCAGCUUCUUCCUCAUCGUUGGAUUAAGCUGAAGAGUCGUGUGUGUGCUGUGGAUUCGAAGUCUGUAACCAUUUGCCAAAUGUCCCACGGUGACAGAAACAGGACUCUCGUACAACACAGCUGUUUGUGCAAUUGCAUAUGUGAAGCCUUUUUCAUACUUUGGAAUAAAUCAUUAUCCAGCAGACUGUUUCUCUCGGGCCAAAACAGGAGAAGAUGCAAAAAAGAAAAAUGACCAGUCAAUCAUAUUCCCCUUUCUACGAAGUAGAAAACUUGUUUGCAUCUUUUCUAAUGAAGGUUUUAAUUAUUCUUUCUUUUUUUUAAAAAUCUCCUAUGUUUUUACUUUUACAUGUUUUUACUGUGCAAUAUUUGAUGGAUUAUCAGUUGUUGUUUUUUAAAAAGAACAAAAACGAAAGAAAUAAAAUCUUGGGGAGUCUAGUUGCUGACAUUCAAGGUUCCUUCUAUGAAAAGGUUUAUUUUUGGCCCUGUUUUGAAUGUGGGAAUUUGUAA